AUGUGCGUCCCGGCUGCCCCACUGCGCCUGCUGCUGCUGCUGCAGCUGAGCUGCUCUCACACCGUGCACUGGACUUACAAAGAGGGCGAGCUGGAUGAAGAGCACUGGGGGCAGCACUUUGUUGCCUGCUCUGGCAAGCGCCAGUCUCCCAUCGACAUCCAGAGGAAGAAAGUGGUGCACAACCCCCAGCUGCUGCAGCUGGAGCUGAGUGGUUACGACGAGCCCUUGCAGGGGGACUUCACGAUGACCAACAACGGCCAUUCGGUCCAGAUCGAUUUGCCACCCACCCUGCGCAUCGCCCGAGGGCUCCCAGGCCUCUACACGGCGGUACAGAUGCAUCUGCACUGGGGGGGCUUGGACCUAGAGACCAGUGGCUCUGAGCACACGCUGGACGGGAUGAGAUACGUCGCAGAGCUGCACAUUGUCCAUUACAACUCUGCCGAGUACUUGAGCUUUGAAGAAGCCAAAGACAAGCCGAAUGGACUGGCUGUGCUUGCAUUCUUGUAUGCGGAGGGGCACUUUGAAAAUACGUACUACAGUGAAUUCAUUUCCAAACUGGCAAAGAUCAAGUUUGCAGGUCAAUCGACAAAGCUUACUUCUCUGGAUGUCCAAGCCAUGCUGCCAGAAAACCUCUCGCACUUCUACAGGUAUGAGGGCUCGCUCACCACCCCUCCCUGCUCCGAGAGCGUGACCUGGACCAUCUUCGACUCCCCAGUUGUCCUGUCACACAUGCAGGUACACAUGUGGUGGCUGUUCACCAGCCAUAGCAGCUUCUUUCCCUCAUGCUGUCCUUCCACACCCAUCAGCAUCCUGGAGAACACCUUGCUGGACUGGCACAACCAGACGCUGCGCAACGACUACCGGCACGCUCAGCCCCUGCAUGGCCGGCUGGUGGAGGCCUCCUUCCGAGCCAAACCCACCCCAGAACAAUGCGAGACAGAAGAGCUCAGCCUCAGACUGGAACAGAUCCAGACGCAGCUCCAGGACAUGAAGAAAGAGUUGCUGAAUGGAGUGAGCCACGUGGGUAUUAAAUCCAGCACUUUCCCUGCUUUCUACUUCCCCAUGGAAAACAUUGAGAGCUUUGUGACUGUUCAUCCCCUCCAUGAGAUGUCUCUCCAAGCAUUCACCUUAUGUUUCUGGACAAAAGCCCAGCACAUUGGCAGUCAGACUGUUCUUUCCUACUCCACGCAGGAGAGGGAUAAUGAGCUAGUGCUGACCGUGGGCACAGAUGUGGGGCUGUGGAUAGGAGGCCACUUCAUCAGCUUCCCCCUGUUCCACAAGGCACAGGACUGGCUGCACUUCUGCAUGACGUGGGCCUCCCAGUCUGGAAUGGCAAAUUUAUGGCUCAAUGGAGCUGCCGGUAAAGCAAAGAGCAUCCAGAAAGGGUACAUGAGCCAGGCUGGAGGGACGCUUGUCCUUGGGAAAGACAGAGACACUCUUCUCGGGGCCUUCUCCAACGGAUUUGCAGGGUGGAUGACGCACGUGAACCUGUGGAGCCAAGUCCUCAGCCCUGCAGACAUUCGGGCACUUGCACUGUGCAGAGCAGGACAUCCCAAGGGAGAUGUCAUAGCAUGGGGAGAAACCUCCAUGACCCUCUUGGGAGGGGUGGUUCUGGAGUCUGACACCAGCUGUCAGUGA